UACCGGGGCUGGGGGGAGGGAGAGGGGUUGAGUCAAGAUGGCGGCCAAGGUGGGGAAGCAGCAACAGCGGCGGCGGCGGCGGCUGGAGUGAGCGCCCGGCUCGCAGCGCCGAGCGAGGUACCGGCGUAGGGCCGCGCGCUGGGGCUGCGUCCCAGUUCUCAGGCCGGGGCGCACGUCGGCUCCCACGCUCCGCCAGCUCCCAGUGGUUUCCUAGAAACAUGAUUGUUUGUUGGCGUUGAUCUCACAGUCUGGUGAGGACUUCUUUACUGAUAAUGUCAAGUUCAGGUUAUCCUCCCAACCAAGGAGCAUUCAGCACAGAACAAAGCCGUUAUCCUCCCCACUCUGUCCAGUAUACCUUUCCCAGCACCCGCCACCAGCAGGAGUUCGCAGUCCCUGAUUAUCGUUCCUCUCAUAUUGAAGUCAGUCAGGCAUCACAGCUCUUGCAGCAACAGCAGCAGCAGCAGCAGCUUCGAAGACGACCUUCCUUGCUUUCAGAAUUUCACCCAGGUUCUGACAGGCCUCAAGAAAGGAGAACUGGUUAUGAACAGUUUCAUCCAGGCCCAUCCCCAGUGGAUCAUGAUUCACUGGAAUCGAAGCGACCACGUCUGGAACAGGUUUCUGAUUCCCAUUUUCAGCGUGUCAGUGCUGCGGUUUUGCCUUUAGUGCACCCCCUGCCAGAAGGGCUGAGGUCUUCUGCAGAUGCUAAGAAGGAUCCAGCAUUUGGAGGCAAACAUGACGCUCCAUCCUCUCCAAUUUCGGGGCAACCAUGUGGAGAUGAUCAAAACGCUUCACCUUCAAAACUUUCAAAGGAAGAGUUAAUACAGAGUAUGGAUCGUGUAGAUCGAGAAAUUGCAAAAGUAGAACAGCAGAUCCUUAAACUGAAAAAGAAACAACAACAACUUGAAGAAGAGGCAGCUAAACCUCCCGAGCCUGAGAAGCCCGUGUCCCCUCCUCCUGUGGAGCAGAAACACCGCAGUAUUGUCCAAAUUAUUUAUGAUGAGAAUCGGAAAAAAGCAGAAGAAGCUCAUAAAAUUUUUGAAGGUCUUGGCCCAAAAGUUGAACUGCCACUCUAUAACCAGCCAUCAGAUACCAAGGUGUACCAUGAGAACAUCAAGACAAACCAGGUGAUGAGGAAAAAACUCAUUUUAUUUUUUAAAAGAAGAAAUCAUGCAAGAAAACAAAGGGAACAAAAAAUCUGCCAGCGUUAUGAUCAGCUCAUGGAGGCAUGGGAGAAAAAAGUGGACAGAAUAGAAAAUAAUCCUCGGAGGAAAGCUAAAGAAAGCAAAACAAGGGAAUACUAUGAAAAGCAGUUUCCAGAAAUUCGAAAACAAAGAGAACAGCAAGAAAGAUUUCAGCGAGUUGGACAGAGGGGAGCUGGUCUUUCAGCCACCAUUGCUAGGAGUGAGCAUGAGAUUUCUGAAAUUAUUGAUGGGCUCUCUGAGCAGGAGAAUAAUGAGAAACAAAUGCGGCAGCUCUCUGUGAUUCCACCUAUGAUGUUUGAUGCAGAACAAAGACGAGUCAAGUUCAUUAAUAUGAAUGGGCUUAUGGAGGACCCUAUGAAGGUUUAUAAAGACAGGCAGUUUAUGAAUGUUUGGACUGACCAUGAAAAGGAGAUCUUUAAGGACAAGUUUAUCCAGCAUCCAAAAAACUUUGGACUAAUUGCAUCCUAUUUGGAGAGGAAGAGUGUUCCUGAUUGUGUUUUAUAUUAUUAUUUAACAAAGAAAAAUGAGAAUUAUAAAGCUCUAGUGAGAAGAAAUUAUGGGAAACGCAGAGGCAGAAACCAGCAAAUUGCCCGACCCUCACAAGAAGAAAAAGUAGAAGAAAAAGAAGAGGAUAAAGCAGAAAAAGCAGAAAAAAAAGACGAAGAAAAGAAAGAUGAAGAAGAAAAAGAUGAAAAAGAAGACUCUAAAGAAAAUACCAAGGAAAAGGACAAGAUGGAUGGUACAGCAGAAGAAACUGAGGAAAGAGAGCAAGCCACACCCCGGGGGCGAAAGACUGCCAACAGUCAGGGCCGCCGUAAGGGCCGGAUCACCAGGUCCAUGACAAACGAAGCCGCAGCUGCUAGCGCUGCAGCCGCAGCGGCCACUGAAGAGCCCCCACCACCUCUGCCACCGCCACCAGAACCCAUUUCUGCAGAGCCUGUGGAGACCUCUCGAUGGACAGAAGAAGAAAUGGAAGUUGCAAAAAAAGGUAAAUUUGUAGCCUGUAUGUCUCUGGGAUUCUCUUGCAUUCCUACUGGAAACAUAGAAAUAAAUAUUUUAGCCUUCAGAAUUUCAACUAAUUCUGCUUCACGAAAACCUCGUGAAGAGCGAGAUGUGUCUCAGUGUGAAAGUGUUGCUUCCACUGUUUCUGCUCAAGAGGAUGAAGAUAUUGAAGCCUCCAACGAAGAAGAAAAUCCAGAAGACAGUGAAGGUGCAGAAAAUAGUUCUGAUACAGAAAGUGCUCCUUCUCCUUCACCAGUUGAAGCUGUGAAGCCCAGUGAGGACAGUCCUGAAAAUGGUACUUCUCGAGGAAACACAGAACCUGCGGCUGAGCUUGAGCCCACUACGGAAACUGCACCCAGUACAUCUCCCUCAUCAGCAGUUCCAAGUACAAAACCAGCUGAAGAUGAAAGUGUGGAGACCCAGGUGAAUGACAGCAUCAGUGCUGAGGCAGCAGAGCAGGUGGACGUAGAUCAGCAGGAGCACAGUGCCGAAGGGGGUUCUGUUCCUGAUCCCCCACCCGCUACCAAAGCCGAUUCUGUGGAUGUUGAAAUCAGGGUGCCAGAAAACCAUGCAUCUAAAGUUGAAGGUGAUAAUACCAAAGAAAGAGACUUGGAUAGAGCCAGUGAAAAGGUGGAACCUAGAGAAGAAGAUUUGGUGGUAGCUCAGCAAAUAAAUGCCCAAAGGCCCGAGCCCCAGUCGGACAAUGAUUCCAGUGCCACGUGCAGUGCUGAUGAGGAUGUGGAUGGAGAGCCAGAGCGGCAGAGAAUGUUUCCUAUGGACUCAAAGCCUUCACUGUUAAAUCCCCCUGGAUCUAUACUAGUCUCAUCCCCAUUAAAACCAAAUCCAUUGGACCUGCCACAGCUUCAGCAUCGAGCUGCUGUUAUCCCACCAAUGGUAUCCUGCACCCCAUGUAACAUACCAAUUGGAACCCCAGUGAGUGGCUAUGCUCUCUACCAGCGACACAUUAAAGCAAUGCAUGAGUCAGCACUCCUGGAGGAGCAGCGUCAGAGGCAAGAACAGAUAGAUUUGGAAUGCAGAAGUUCUACGAGUCCAUGUGGCACAUCCAAGAGUCCAAACAGAGAGUGGGAAGUCCUUCAGCCUGCUCCACAUCAAGUGAUAACUAAUCUCCCUGAAGGUGUUCGGCUUCCAACAACUCGACCAACCAGGCCACCGCCCCCUCUCAUCCCAUCAUCCAAAACCACAGUGGCUUCAGAAAAACCAUCAUUUAUAAUGGGAGGCUCCAUCUCACAGGGAACACCAGGCACUUAUUUGACUUCUCAUAAUCAGGCUUCCUACACUCAAGAAACACCUAAACCCUCAGUGGGAUCUAUCUCUCUUGGACUGCCACGGCAACAGGAAUCUGCUAAAUCAGCUACUUUGCCCUACAUCAAGCAGGAAGAAUUUUCUCCCCGAAGCCAAAACUCACAACCUGAGGGUCUAUUGGUCAGGGCCCAACACGAAGGUGUAGUCAGAGGUACCACAGGAACCAUACAAGAAGGAAGUAUAACUCGGGGAACUCCAACCAGCAAACUUUCAGUGGAGAGCAUUCCCUCCCUACGGGGCUCUAUCACUCAGGGCACCCCAGCUCUGCCCCAGCCUGGCAUACCAACGGAGACUUUGGUGAAGGGGUCCAUUUCUAGAAUGCCCAUUGAAGACAGCAGUCCUGAAAAAGGCAGAGAGGAAGCUGCAUCCAAAGGCCAUGUUAUUUAUGAAGGCAAAAGUGGACAUAUCUUGUCAUAUGAUAAUAUUAAGAAUGCCCGAGAAGGGACUAGGAGUCCAAGAACAGCUCAUGAAAUUAAUUUAAAGAGAAGCUAUGAAUCAGUGGAAGGAAAUAUAAAGCAAGGGAUGUCAAUGAGGGAGUCUCCAGUAUCAGCACCAUUAGAGGCCUGGAGUGUGGAAUGUGGGAAAGGCACACCAAUAAAGUUUGACAGCAACUCAGGUCAAUCUGCCAUCAAACACAAUGUCAAAUCCUUAAUCACGGGGCCUAGCAAACUAUCCCGUGGAAUGCCUCCGCUGGAAAUUGUGCCAGAGAACAUAAAAGUGGUAGAACGGGGAAAAUACGAAGAUGUGAAAGCAGGCGAGCCCGUGCGUUCCCGACACACAUCAGUGGUAAGCUCUGGCCCCUCCGUUCUUAGGUCCACACUACAUGAAGCUCCCAAAGCACAACUGAGCCCCGGGAUUUACGAUGACACCAGUGCACGGAGGACCCCUGUGAGUUAUCAAAAUACCAUGUCCAGAGGCUCACCCAUGAUGAACAGAACUUCUGAUGUUACAAUUUCUUCCAACAAGUCUACCAAUCAUGAAAGGAAAUCGACACUGACCCCUACCCAAAGGGAAAGUAUACCAGCGAAGUCUCCAGUGCCUGGGGUGGAUCCUGUCGUGAGCCAUAGUCCGUUUGAUCCCCAUCACAGAGGCAGCGCUGCAGGAGAGGUUUAUCGGAGCCACCUGCCCACGCAUUUAGAUCCAGCCAUGCCUUUCCACAGGGCUUUGGAUCCUGCAGCGGCUGCUUACCUGUUUCAGAGACAGCUUUCACCAACUCCAGGUUACCCAAGUCAGUAUCAGCUUUACGCAAUGGAGAACACAAGACAGACAAUCUUAAAUGAUUACAUUACCUCACAACAGAUGCAAGUGAACUUGCGUCCAGAUGUGGCCCGAGGACUAUCCCCAAGAGAGCAGCCACUGGGUCUCCCAUACCCAGCAACAAGAGGAAUCAUUGACCUGACCAAUAUGCCUCCAGCAAUUUUAGUGCCUCAUCCAGGAGGAACAAGUACUCCUCCCAUGGACAGAAUCACUUAUAUUCCUGGUACACAGAUUACUUUCCCUCCCAGGCCAUACAACUCUGCUUCCAUGUCUCCAGGACACCCAACACAUCUUGCAGCUGCUGCAAGUGCUGAGAGGGAACGGGAACGGGAGCGGGAGAAGGAGCGGGAGCGGAUUGCUGCGGCUUCCUCCGAUCUCUACCUGCGGCCAGGCUCAGAACAGCCUGGCCGACCUGGCAGUCACGGAUAUGUUCGCUCCCCUUCCCCUUCAGUAAGAACUCAGGAGACCAUGUUGCAACAGAGACCCAGUGUUUUCCAAGGAACCAAUGGAACCAGUGUAAUCACACCUUUGGAUCCAACUGCUCAGCUACGAAUCAUGCCACUGCCUGCUGCGGGCCCUUCAAUAAGCCAAGGUCUGCCAUCCUCCCGUUACAACACUGCUGCGGAUGCCCUGGCCGCUCUUGUGGAUGCUGCAGCUUCUGCACCCCAGAUGGAUGUGUCCAAAACAAAAGAGAGUAAGCAUGAGGCUGCCAGGUUAGAAGAAAAUUUGAGAAGCAGGUCAGCAGCAGUUAGUGAACAGCAGCAGCUAGAGCAGAAAACCCUGGAGGUGGAGAAGAGAUCUGUUCAGUGUUUAUACACUUCUUCAGCCUUUCCAAGUGGCAAGCCCCAGCCUCAUUCUUCAGUAGUUUAUUCUGAGGCUGGGAAAGAUAAAGGGCCUCCUCCAAAAUCCAGAUAUGAGGAAGAGCUAAGGACCCGAGGGAAGACUACCAUUACUGCAGCUAACUUCAUAGACGUGAUCAUCACCCGGCAAAUUGCCUCGGACAAGGAUGCGAGGGAACGUGGCUCUCAAAGUUCAGACUCUUCUAGUAGCUUAUCUUCUCACAGGUAUGAAACACCUAGCGAUGCUAUUGAGGUGAUAAGUCCUGCCAGCUCGCCUGCACCACCCCAGGAAAAGCUGCAGACCUAUCAGCCAGAGGUUGUUAAGGCAAAUCAAGCUGAAAAUGAUCCUACCAGACAAUAUGAAGGACCAUUACCUCACUAUCGACCACAGCAGGAAUCACCAUCUCCCCAACAACAGUUGCCCCCUUCUUCACAGGCAGAGGGAAUGGGGCAAGUGCCUAGGACCCAUCGGCUGAUCACACUUGCUGAUCACAUCUGUCAAAUUAUCACACAAGAUUUUGCUAGAAAUCAAGUUUCCUCGCAGACUCCCCAGCAGCCUCCUAAUCCUACAUUCCAGAACUCACCAUCCUCUUUGGUGUCUACACCUGUGAGGACUAAAACGUCAAACCGUUACAGCCCAGAAUCCCAGGUUCAGUCUGUCCAUCAUCAAAGACCAGGUUCAAGAGUCUCUCCAGAAAAUCUUGUGGACAAAUCCAGGGGAAGUAGGCCUGGAAAAUCCCCAGAGAGGAGUCACAUCUCUUCAGAGCCCUACGAGCCCAUUUCCCCACCCCAGGUUCCAAUUGUACAUGAGAAACAGGACAGCUUGCUGCUCCUGUCUCAGAGGGGCUCAGAGCCUACAGAGCAGAGGAAUGAUUCCCGCUCACCAGGGAGUAUAAGCUACUUGCCUUCAUUCUUCACCAAGCUUGAAAACACAUCACCCAUGGUUAAAUCAAAGAAGCAGGAGAUUUUUCGUAAGUUGAACUCCUCUGGUGGAGGUGACUCUGAUAUGGCAGCUGCUCAGCCAGGAACUGAGAUCUUUAAUCUGCCAGCAGUUACUACAUCAGGCUCAGUUAGUUCUAGAGGCCAUUCUUUUGCUGAUCCUGCCAGUAAUCUCGGGCUGGAAGACAUUAUCAGGAAGGCUCUCAUGGGAAGCUUUGAUGACAAAGUUGAGGAUCAUGGAGUUGUCAUGUCCCAGCCUAUGGGAGUAGUGUCUGGUACUGCCAACACCUCAGUUGUGACCAGUGGUGAGACACGGAGAGAGGAAGGGGACCCAUCACCUCAUUCAGGAGGAGUUUGCAAACCAAAGCUGAUCAGCAAGUCAAACAGCAGGAAAUCUAAAUCUCCUAUCCCUGGGCAAGGCUACUUAGGAACUGAACGGCCGUCUUCAGUCUCCUCUGUACAUUCAGAAGGGGAUUACCAUAGGCAGACGCCAGGGUGGGCCUGGGAAGACAGGCCCUCUUCAACAGGCUCAACUCAGUUUCCCUAUAACCCUUUGACUAUGCGGAUGCUAAGCAGUACGCCACCAACGCCGAUUGCAUGUGCUCCGUCUGCUGUGAACCAAGCAGCUCCUCACCAACAGAACAGGAUCUGGGAGCGAGAGCCUGCCCCGCUCCUCUCAGCACAGUACGAGACCUUGUCAGACAGUGAUGACUGAACUGCACAAAGUGAGAGGAACAGGGUGCAGGAAAGGGAUCUCCAGUUUUUGAUGGUUUAAUUUUUAGUAGCAGGUCAAAAACCUGCCCUCCUAUGACUUAUGCCCUGAGACUUUUCAGGACAGCCAGCCCACAGAUGAUGAAGAAAUGAUGGAAAUUUAUUUGGAGAGUCAACAAAACAAAAAACAAAAAAUACUGCCUUUGAUACAGGCAAUUCAGUGGACUGUAAUAGUGGAGGGUUGAAAUGUAGAGUUUUUAAAAAGUGGACAGUUCCUGUUCUUACAUCUGUUUGUAAAGAAAACCAUAAUGUCUUUAAAUCACUCUUCUGUAAAUAGAUUAUCUUUUUGCAGUGUAUAUCCCCUUGCUGUAGUAUCUGGUGUACUUAUGUUCAAAUCAGCGCAUCAACUUUGGGGGUGAUUUUUAAAAAUCUUUUUGUCUAUCUUUUUAACCCUAGCCUUCUAAACAACCUCAUACAGCCCAGUUACAUAAUGUUGGCUGUCACGGGCAUUGUACUUUUAUCUGAUUUUGUUUCCUCUAAAUUCAGCUUUCCAGUGAUGUUUAAAAUCUUGUGGAAAUGUUUAGAUUUUUAACACAGACCCUGUCAUAAAAUCUGUACAUUUGAGUCAAAAGGUAGAGGUAACAAAUUCUGCCAUAUUGUAAAUUUCCAGUGCAGGCUUUACUUUUUUUUUCCAUUAGUAGCACUGAAAAAAUAUUACUGCAUGGGUAUGUUCUAGUUCAGUUUAUAAAGUUUUAAAAGCUUAUUUGAGGCAUACCUCACUGUUAUGCACACUGGUAAUUUAACCAUGCCCCUAAGUAUUCCUUUUCUCCUGCAUUUGAUGCAGCCCAACAAAGCUUUUGUUUUGAAAUAAAUUUGACUACCCUGUCCAUAGCUAUAGUAGAUUAUUUGUGGUUUAAGGCUCCUGGUGUCUCAGGUUCCAAAGAAAAAGCUUACGUAUUUUUCCCUUAGUUUGCUAUGAUUGGUCAAGUUAAAAGAUAAUGAUCUAUGUAGUAUUUAGAUGUGCUUUGUGCUGCAUCCUGAAAAACUCAUGGUGAACUCAGCCCUUUUCCACAUUGCUCCGGAUCAGCGCUUACUUUCACUUUGCUUCCUUGGGACAAGAGUUUACUGCUAAAUGUUUCAUAUCACAGAUUCUCAAGGUGCAAAUAAUUUAAAAGAUGGAAUUCUAAACUAAUUACGGUACUAGAGGGCCAGUUUUAUCUUUAAGAAUUGCUUGCUGAAUUUUAAAGUUUUUUUCAUACAAUUUAUCAUAGCAUUUAAGUACCUUUCCAUAACAUACAGAUACUAACAGUUUUGGGAGAAUGCCACUGGCAACUGGAAAGGGGAGAAAUAGAUCUCUCAGGAUGAUAAAAAUUAGCACUUUACAGACUUUUAAGUAGACCUAAACUUUUAAAGAAAAGUACUCAAAGCUUUUAAGGAAGCAGCUCUAUGAUUAGCUGCUGACCAAGACCCUCCUAUCACUGGUAUCUAAUCCCUAUGUUGGGAUGAAGACACAGGCUUAGUACUUUGCCCAUGUAGUUAAACUAGUGACAGAGAUAGGCCAUAAGCUCACAUUUGUCUUCAGUGAAAUCUUUCAUUUCUGUCCCUGUCCCACUCCGGUAUACCUGAGGUCUCUAGCAUAAACUUUAGAUCAGGCUUAGUGCUCAGCAUUCCUAUUACUUGGAAAGUUGGUAUUAUUUUUACAAUAGGUAUAUGUAAACACAUAAAAAUUUCAAUAUGAAUGAGAAACAAUGACUAAAUGUUCCACUU